GUCCCCCACCCCCAUCCCCGCGACCCGGUCGCCCCCGCCUCCGCCCCGGCGCGGGUGCUGCGGGAAGGAGCUGCGUGCUCCGGCUGUGCCGGGCCGAGCGCGCCGAUCGGCACCAUGCCCCGCGUCGAUGCAGACCUCAAGCUGGACUUCAAGGAUGUCCUCCUCCGACCCAAGCGAAGCAGCCUCAAGAGCCGAGCCGAGGUGGAUCUUGAGCGCACCUUCACAUUUCGAAACUCGAAGCAGACCUACUCAGGGAUUCCCAUCAUUGUGGCCAACAUGGACACCGUGGGGACAUUUGAGAUGGCAGUGGUGAUGACACAGCACUCCAUGUUUACAGCAAUUCAUAAGCAUUACAGCCUCGAUGACUGGAAGCUCUUUGCCGCUAAUCAUCCAGAAUGCCUGCAGCAUGUGGCCGUGAGUUCGGGCAGUGGGGAGAACGAUCUGGAAAAGAUGAGCAGCAUACUGGAAGCCGUGCCGCAGGUUAAGUUUAUUUGCCUGGAUGUGGCCAAUGGGUAUUCAGAACAUUUUGUGGAAUUCGUGAAACUUGUCCGUGCCAGAUUUCCAGAACACACUAUCAUGGCAGGGAACGUGGUGACAGGAGAGAUGGUGGAAGAGCUCAUUCUUUCCGGAGCAGAUAUAAUCAAAGUGGGAGUUGGACCAGGUUCUGUGUGUACUACCCGCACCAAGACGGGCGUGGGCUACCCCCAGCUGAGUGCUGUGAUCGAGUGCGCAGACUCUGCCCAUGGCCUGAAGGGGCAUAUCAUCUCCGAUGGAGGCUGCACGUGUCCAGGAGAUGUCGCCAAAGCCUUUGGAGCCGGUGCAGAUUUUGUCAUGCUGGGAGGCAUGUUUUCAGGCCACACGGAGUGUGCUGGAGAUGUGAUCGAGAGGAAUGGGCAGAAGCUCAAGCUCUUCUAUGGGAUGAGCUCGGACACAGCGAUGAAGAAGCACGCGGGGGGCGUCGCCGAGUAUAGAGCCUCAGAGGGCAAGACUGUAGAAGUACCUUACAAAGGGGGUGUUGAAAACACUAUUCUGGAUAUUCUCGGGGGUCUGAGGUCUACCUGCACCUACGUGGGAGCCGCCAAGCUGAAAGAGCUCAGCAGGAGGGCGACGUUCAUCCGGGUGACCCAGCAGCAGAGCACCAUGUUCUGCUAGCCUUGAGGACGAGGUGACGUCUGGCUCAUGGAAGCUUCCGUACACACCUGCUUUCCCGUCUCCUUCCUUCUGUUCCAUCAGAGCUUCCGGCUGCUCCUGAAUGGUGGAAUGCUGCCUCUUCCUCCCCCUCCUGCCGCCUGGGGGCCUUGGGGCUCCCCCUGGUGCCUUCUGGGGGCCCAGAAGCAGGGCCUGGAACUCAUAACCACAUUGUUAAAACCAACACUCGUACCUUUUUCUUUCUUUUUUAAAAAGAAAAUGGUUUCACUUUAAUAUAAUGCUAUUAUCUUAA